AUCUUUGUGUCACUUGCAAUAGUGUUAGUCAUCCUGAUGUACCAAGAGAACUGCAGGAAACUUAAACUUUGUGUCGCCAAUGGCGUAUUGCAGGUCAUUACCAUUUCUGAUAUUAUUGAUGUUGCUUAGCUUUCAAAGCCUUCUAACAGCACAUGAAGAUCCAUCUUACAAGGACAUACAGGUGGGAGUGAUUCUUGACAUGGAUUCAUGGGUUGGGAAGGUCGUUUAUAGUUGCAUCACCAUGGCUGUUUCUGACUUUUACAGAAUCAAUCCUCACUACACAACAAGGAUAACUUUUACAACCAGGGAUACCAAAGGAGAACCAUUGCAUGCCUUGUCUGCUGCUCUGGAUCUUUUGGAGAAUAGUAAAGUGCAAGCGAUAAUAGGUCCAGAAUCAACAGCUGAAGCAAGAUCCUUGGAGGUUUUGGAAUUGGGAGACAAAGCUAACCUACCGAUUCUUUCCUUUUCAACAACUCCCUUUUUUAAUCAGAAUCCUAAUCUUCUUCGAAUUGCACAAGAUGAAACCACUCAGUUCAAAUGCAUUGCUUCCAUGGUAGAAUCAUUUAAAGCAAAGAAUGUGGUAGUUAUCUGCGAGGACACUGCAAACGGGAGAGAAAUGGCUAAUUAUAUGGUUAGUGCAUUCCAUGAGAAAAACAUACACGUGGCAUAUACAAGCCUAAUUUCAACCUCUGCCAACCAUGAAGAAAUCAUGGAAGAGCUUCUUAAGCUUCAAACUAUGCAAGCCGUGGUGUAUGUAAUGCAUACAGCCCCUUCUUUAGCAUCCAAUCUUUUCUCCAGGGCAAAAGAGCUGGGCAUGAUGGGUGAAGGAUACAUGUGGAUUGUAACAAGUAAGACUACCAACCACUUGGAUUCCAUGGAUGCCGAAGCAAUCGAAUCGAUGCAGGGGGCUGUGGGUUUCAGAUCAUAUUUUCCUGCAUCAAGGGAGCUUCAUGAAUUUGUUUCGAAAUGGAGAAAGGAACAUUAUUCUUUGAACCCUUUUAUGGAGUUUAAGGAGAUAGAUCCUAAUGGUAUAUGGGCAUAUGAUGCAGUUUACGCACUAGCCAUGGCUGUUGAGAAUAUACAGACAACCAAUGGCAUGUCACUAAUCCGUACAUCACUUUUGGAUGAGAUGUUAAGAGUCAAGUUCCAUGGUUUAGGUGGUGAAUUCAAUCUUAUGAAUGGGAGAAGCAUCUCCAAAGCCAUGGAAGUUGUAAAUGUGAUUGGUAAAGGUGGUCGGAAGGUUGGGUUCUGGAUGAUGGCUAAUGGUGGUGAGUUUGUGAAAGAAAUUGGAAAACCAAAUUCUUCUUCAAAUCACGACUUGGAAAGUAUCAUGUUGCCAGGUGGGACUUCAACCUUUGCAAAACGUAGGGUUCUACAAACAAAUAGCAAGAAACUGAGAAUUCUGGUUCCAGAUUUCAGCACAUUCCCGAAUUUAGUACAACUUAAUAUUGACCCAAGAACAAAUGAUUCUGGUGUGAGUGGAUUCUGUUGGGAUGUUUUCAAUGCUGCGUUUAAUGCCUUAGACUAUGGAGUAGGGAUUGAUAUUAUUCCUUACCCUUAUAAGGAUGGCCGUAGUUACAAUGAUCUAAUCGACAAAAUCUCUUUUAAGGAAUAUGAUGCUGCUGUUGGAGAUAUAUCAAUCACAUCAAAUAGAUCUCUCUAUGUCGAUUUCACAUUGCCCUUCACUGAUCUAGGAAUUGGCACUAUAGCCCACAACCCCAAGAAAAACAUGUGGAUCUUUUUAGAUCCUCUUAGUGCAGAUCUUUGGAUCACAAGUGCUUGUUUCUUUCUCUUUAUGGGAUUUGUCAUCUGGUUUAUCGAACAUCGUACAAACAAAGAAUUUCAAGGUUCAACAAAACAGCAAAUUGGUAUAACCCUCUGGUUUGCCUUUUCGACCCUUGUUUAUGCUCACAGGGAGAAGUUGCAAAGUAAUCUUUCAAGAUUUGUAGUCACGGUUUGGGUUUUCGUGGUGCUUGUGCUCACAUCAAGUUACACUGCAACACUGAGUUCACUUUUAACUGUACAACAGAUUGCAAUGAAGGAGACGUCUGUCGGAUUCUUGGGUCUUUCUUCAGUAGGAGUUGUCUUUAACAACUUGAACUUUGGGGGAACCAAAAUAGAGAAACUAUACACACCUGAGGCCUACGCGAAAGCAUUAACAAGUGGAAGUGUUGAUGCAAUCGUUGAUGAGAUCCUUUACAUCAAAUCAGUCCUUUCAAUGUAUCCGGAUUCUGAUUUCUCCUUGAUCUCAACAGCAUCCACCACCAAUGGUUUUGGCUUUGCAUUCCAGAAAGGUUCACCCUUGGCCAGAGAGAUGUCGACUGAGAUAGCGAAGAUGCGGGAACAUGGGACAUUGAAAGCAUUAGAGAAUAAAUGGUUAAAACGUCAGUCUACAGUGAUUUCAAAGGAUUUUUCUUCCCCUUCACCAAAAAUCUUGAAUAUUUAUGGGUUUCGGGGCCUCUUUCUUAUCAGUGGUGUGACAAUGGCAUUUGCUCUUCUGGUGUCCAUGGUUCUUAUUAUUCGUGAAAACUUACAUGUCAAAAUUAAGAUGCAGAUAUGGAGGUGCAUCUUAACAAGAUCUUCCGAAUUAUAUGCACAAGAUAGCGAUGCAGAAUUAACCGUUUAACUUAUUCUUAUAUAGUUAAAAAGGAUUCCACUGUACGUAACAUCUUGUAUAGAUCAAUAUUUGUAUCAAAUAAAUGUAAAGUUUUGACUUCUUUUCUGAACUUAGCUUGUUAGC